GGUUGAGGGAGGGCGGGCGUCGGCAAGUGGAUGCAGCAGUUGAACGCCGGCACAAGACGCGCAACAAACUUCCGCUCUUUGACGAAGAAGAGAGCGAGAGCGGCGAAAGCACUACACAUGCAAAAACGUGCACACACGAAUACGCACAUACACACAGCACACACACAGCGACACAAAGAGUAACACUGCAAUGAGCAUAAAAGCGCUUUUUCAGCUACAACUUUUAGUGGCCAUGGCAGAACUUUUCACCAGUUUGUGCAAACUUCACGGGUGUAUGCGUGCGAGAGAGCGAGAUGGGAUCUAAUUUUAAAGCUGCACAGGAAAAGCACUGCCAAAAGAACGAAACUUCGAUGCAGUUCUUUACAGUAAACAAAGAACUUCCGAGGCGAUCGCAACGCUGAGCAGCGCUCGAGUGUAGUUAGAGUUCGGGUAAAUUCCAUAUAAGAAAAGGUUGCCAUCAGCAAAGAGAGUUAAUAAAACGUAUGUUGUGUUGUGCUGUGCUGCGUUGCUUAUUUGCUGUUCGAUACGAAAGCUUUCUCUGUAAAGAACUGUGCACAAUUGGUGUAUAAAUUGCGUUGUUGACCCAAGCUGAGCUUGCAGGGCGACUGACAAGAGAAUCGUGCUGCACCACCAAUACACACACACAUACACUGUGCAUAUAACUGCAACUAUUGGCUGCGCCAAUUCGGAUUGAACGACCAACUGGUGCAGGAACUUGGCGGCGUGAAAAGGCUGCGCAUCUGCCUGAGGCAUUUUAGCCAGCGCAACGCAAUGGCUAAGACGCGCAUCAAGACGACGCCACUGCGCUUAAACAAGCCAAACAAAAUAACAACAACAACAGGAGCAACAACAGCAACAACAGAAGCAGUAGUAGCGACAUCUGCCAAACCGAUGGCAGACAGCACAACAACAAUUGAGCUUGUCGAUAGCUCCAGUGGGAAAUCAUUGAAGCAGUCCAUGCAGGAGAAGUCAGUGACUACAAUAACACCUGUGCCGCAACGCUCCCACUCGAUAUGCUCCUCCUCGUCCAUCUCCAGCGAUGUGCAGUCCAUCAGCUCGGACUACGAGGCCAGCAUGCCGUUGUCCGCUCUGGUGGAUGCACAUGCUCAGAAUGGUAAUGGGCUGGCGAAGAAGCGCAAACUGUAUUUGAUAACUGAAAAGUCGGAUGAGAAGAAUGGAAAUACGUUGCCCAACGGCCAGAAGAGGAAAAUGUUUGUAGUUGUGGAACAGGAGAAGGAUACGGCUGCCAAAAAGCUGAUGAUCGUCACAGACAAGCCGCAGGCAAAUCUCACACAGCAUCUGGAGAAGUUUCUGCCAGAGAUACUAAACUGCAUCCAGGGCAAGGAACAGGCGCAGGCGAAGGUCAAGUUGCCGACGAUCAAGCAUCAGGCGACAAUCAAGCAGGAGCCGCUGCCCCCGAAGCCCGCUCCUAUUGUGAAUAAGCCGCACAUAACGCUGCCGCCCAAGAAGAAUCCCACCAACUUUGUCAAAUUGGAAGGCUCACCUGGCAUUAAUCUACCGGCCAGCAUGUCCAUUAUGCCCGUGGAGCCGGUCAAAGAGUCGCCGCCUGUACCAGAGACUGAGACCAACAUUAAUCUGUCGCCCGACUUUCGGUUUCUCAUGAAGAUUCUACCCAAGCUGGAGCAGCUGCCCGAGCCACACAAACAGCACGUCAAGCGCUCUAUACAGAUCUUUGUGGAGGAGAGCUACAGCCACUAUGGCAAGAAGGAGUAGCAACACCUAGUUAUAUAAAUUAUCAUUUUAAUUAAGUAUUUGCUUUAAGGUUCUAUUGAGGACAAUUUUAUAAGAAAACCUUUUGAAUAUUCGUUGUUUAAGACUGAUGCGAAACGUAACAUAUACACAUUUAUAUGUACACACACAUAUAUAUGUUGUAAGUACUGCAAUGGAAGUGCAGACCCUAAAGUUAGUGUUAAGCAAAUUUUGUAGCGCCCAAAUUGCAUGAAACUCACUGGGCAUAGUUUUAUACUUUUAGCCAUAAACUUGAAUUCUAAAAAGAAGAGAAAACAAAACUAGUUUAAGCACUGAAUACAUGAGAGCUUUUAAGCCAAGAACUGAA